AUGCAUAAACCAAUAAAAAGAGAGACGAAACCUGUUGCUGGUGGACGAAACGGGGCAGCCUUCUUCUACCUGGCCACGCUUGUUCCGAGCCUGCUUCUCUUUGGAUGCGUCUUCUUCACCCUCGGCCUCUACAGAAUGUGGCCCAUUUUUCUGACUGUGUCGCUCUACUGCACCGUCACCACCCUCGCUCGCAGUCCCCUGCUCCACUUUGGCGCCACUUUCGCGUCCGCGUUCCUCUUCACGCUCCUCCUCGUCCGCCUCGGCCACAUCAACCGCGUCUUCUUCACGAAGCCAAACGAGCACUUUCUGGUCAAGCGAAUCUACGUGAACUACAACGUGGUCUGCAACGGCUGGGCCUGCGCCCUCUUUGCCCUCAUUCGCACCGUCUCGGUCUCCCUGAACCAGCCCAGCCCCAAGGUCGUUCCUGGCCUCCUCAACCACGUCCGCUACAAACUGUCUCAAAUUCGAUUUGGUGCCAUUUCAACCCAAAUUGCCAUCGUCUACGUCACCCUCCACUCCAUUCACAUGGCCAUUGGUCGCCUGACGAAUGCCAUUCUCUUCCUAGUCCGCCUCAAACUGGAUAUCGUCUCAUUCCGCCUCUACGUCCUCAACACGGUCGUCUUCAUUGGGUCGAUUCUGCUCUUCAACCUCAUUCUGGUCGUAUACGACGCAUUGGUCGAGUACAACUCCAACGAGUUUGGUCGAUCUGGUCAUCUUCGACCAUUUCGACUCCUUCAAAAGUACAAUUCACCAACAGUAGAGAAACUACUUGAUCAAAUAGAAGGAUUGAAGAAGGAGUAUUUGGACACGUUUGUGGUGAGAGUACCAGCUGUAGGCAGCCAGAAUGGAACAGAGGCAACGAGACAGUAUCACAGUCUCAAACAGGUUGGAUACGCCGUAGUCUAUCGAAUCAGACUGGGCCUAUUCUUAGUUCGAUACGGGUAUUUUGCUAGUAAAAUGGAUGAAAUGGAGUACGUCAGAAAACAGGAACUAAAUAGGAGAAUUGAGAGAAUCAAUGUCGACCUGGGAGUGGUUCUGCCUCAGUUCAACUAG